AUGCAGCAGCUGCUGGAAGAUGAGCAGCUAGGCGCUGCACUGCGCCGGCCUUACCGGCCCCACUGGCUCCACCUGGGCUGGAUCGCUUCCACCGCCGGAGCCACUGUCAAAGGCAUCCCAAUCCCUCGAACUUGGAGAGAUUCUGAGGAGAAGAAGUUCACGUUGAAGGAUGGUGGCACGGUGUCUCUUGAUUGGUGGCAGGGACAACACACGGAUCGUCCAGUGGUUUUGGUGCUACCUGGUAUGGCCAAUAGCAGCCGGAGCAUUUACAUCCGCUAUACGAUGGCACGCUUGGCGGAGGCAGGCUUCCAAGCUGUGGCCAUGAAUUAUCGGGCUGUGGAGCACUUGGAGAUCACAUCUCCACAUAUCGGCUGUGCAGACACAUGGAAGGAUCUGCCUGAAGUCUUAGAUGUCAUUGAGGCUGAGUGCCCUGCGCAGCCGAUCUUCGCCAUGGGCUUCUCCAUGGGGGGCACGAUCCUGACCAAGUACUUGGGCGAAAAUGGCCAGCAAUCCCGCCUCCGUGCGGCAGUGGCCGUCAGCUGCCCAUUGGCCUACCCUGCCCACCAAGCAGAGCUGGAGAAACGAAAGUUCCUCAGUUUCUUGAUGGCCCAGCCCUUGAAGCUUUGGCUCUUCAAGAAGCGAGAGCAGAUCGCCAAGCUCUGGCCCCACUGUGAGAUGUCGCAGGUGAUGAUGAGCGGAUCGUUGCUGACCGUGGCUGGAUACUUCUUUGAGCAUCAAGGAUAUCACACUGUCUCCGACUACUUCCUGCAGAAUGACCCCGAGCCCGUCUUGCAGCGUAUUGCUUGCCCACUGCUGAUCCUUGGUGCCAAAGAUGAUCCCUUGAUGAUGCCUGUGCCGCGGGAGACCAUCGCGCAAAAUAAGCACCUGAUUCUGGUGGAGACUGAAGAUGGCGGACAUAUGGGAUGGGCGGGCAAGGGCACGCUUGGGCCCCAAAUCUUCGGGUCCUCUUGGGCUGAUGGCUUGGCGGCGCGUUUCCUGGCCUUCCAUGCCAAGAUGCCAGUGCUCCGCUCACGUCUCUGA